AUGAACAAUUUAAAGCCACAGUUUGAAAAAUUGCUUGCCAAGAUGAACACUGACCACGACGGUGGCCUCGCUUGUGCCAUUGUCGAUAUGUCAAUGGGUUGGGUCCUCGAAAUCGCUGCCAGUUUGGGCGUGAAAGGAGCCAUUUUCACGCCUUUCACAGCCGCUCACUCUGUUUUGAAUCUCAGCCAUAACGAACUUAUUGAAAGUGGCAUCAUAACCCCAGAAGGGAUUCCGGUAGAAGAAAAGACAAUCGAAUUGGAAUCACUGGGAACUCCCUCAAUGAUCCACACUAGUGACCUUCCUUGGCGGUGCGUUCCAUUCAAGAACUCGCAAAAGAUUUUGUUCGAUCACUUAGUUAGAGUCCAGCGAGGGUGCCAUUACGCGAAAUGGUACAUUUUAAUAGUGCCUCACGUAUUGGAGCCACAAGUGGUUUCACUCAACCCCAAGCUUCUAACGAUUGGCCCACUCAUUGCGACGGAGGCAGGGCAAUUGUGGAAAGAAGACGAGUCCUGCAUCCAUUGGCUGGACCAGCAACCGGCAGGGUCGGUUGUGUACAUGGCAUUUGGGAGCAGCACCGACUUCAACCAGGAACAGUUUGAGGAGAUCGCGAUGGGGAUGGAGCUUACGGAGCGACCGUUCAUGUGGGUGGUGCGGCAGGGAACAGAGCACCAACUUCCAGCGGGUUUUAAGGGGGGAAAAGGGAAAAUAGUGAGUUGGGUGUCGCAGCAAAAGGUGCUAAACCACCCUUCUGUAGGGAUAUUUAUGAGCCACUGUGGGUGGGACUCUGUAAUCGAAGGGGUGAGUAGUUCCUUUGUUGGCCGUACGUGGGAGACCAUUUUCUGA